AUGGCGACUCCGAAUGAGCCAACCUACCUGGCUAUUCCAGGUUCUGUGGCAUUCUCACGUUCCCGUGGCCGCGCUAUUGCUGCGAAUAUUGGAGCUGCUGAUGUCCGGGCACAAUGGAUUCACUACGUUCACACCUCCGAACCUUUGCAGGAACCCCAACGGGCCGUCCUCGAGCAGCUCCUCCAAUACGGCGAUAUAACGGACAUCCCGCCUUCAUUCGACCCCGAAGAUGGCCAGGUUCGCGUCUUUUACGUCUACCCGAGAGUCGGCACGAUAUCCCCGUGGAGCUCUCAAGCAACCGCCAUCUCGCACGUGUGUGGUCUGGGCAAAUUCGUGAAACGGAUCGAGCGAGGGUUGAAGAUUUCGUGUCUCUUAGUUGAGGGAGGGGAUCUCGAGGAAGGUUUCCGUGACGCUCUGUAUGACCGCAUGACCCAGCUCAUCAGCGAGGAGCAGCCGGAUCUCCACCAAAUGUUCUCCGAGCACCCUCCCCAGCCGCUGGAAGUAAUCCCACUCCAUGACGGUGGUAAACCCCCCGUUGAGGUCUUGCAGGAAGCCAACAAGCGUCUUGGUCUGGCUCUGGACCAAUCUGAAAUCGAAUACCUCGUCGAGGCGUAUUCUUUGAAUGGGCCGGUGCCGCGGAAUCCGACCGAUGUUGAACUGUUCAUGUUUGCGCAGGUCAACUCGGAGCAUUGCCGCCACAAGCAAUUCAACGCUUCCUGGGUGAUUGAUGGGAAGCAGAUGCCCAACAGUCUUUUUUCAAUGAUAAGAAACACGCACAGAAAACAUCCAGACUUCACGGUCAGUGCCUACAGCGACAACGCAGCGGUGCUGCAGGGAGAAAGCGCUGGGUUCUGGGCUCCUGAUCCCACGACUCAUGAAUGGACACAAACCAAGGAGACGGUUCAUUUCCUGGCUAAAGUUGAGACCCAUAACCAUCCAACCGCGGUUUCCCCUUAUCCGGGUGCUGCAACGGGUUCUGGGGGAGAGAUCCGAGAUGAAGGGUCCGUUGGGAGAGGCUCCAAGCCGAAGGCAGGUCUCGCUGGCUAUUCUGUUUCGGAUCUUCUCAUUCCGGAAUUGAGACAACCCUGGGAACUUGAUGUGGGCAAACCUCAUCACAUAGCGAGCAGUUUGGAUAUCAUGCUUGAGGCGCCAAUUGGAAGUGCGGCGUUUAACAAUGAGUUUGGUCGGCCGUGCAUAGCAGGAUAUUUCCGCACCCUGCUUACUGAAAUCGACAUCGGGAACGGCCAGAAAGAGCUGAGGGGCUACCAUAAGCCGAUCAUGAUUGCAGGUGGUGUGGGAACCGUAAGACCACAACACGCGAUCAAAGACCCAGUUGCUGUCAAGCCGGGAUCCUACCUGGUCGUCCUUGGAGGACCAGCAAUGCUCAUCGGUCUGGGAGGUGGUGCUGCUUCUAGUCUCGCUUCUGGCGAGGGUUCUGCGGAUCUGGACUUUGCCAGCGUUCAGAGAGGAAACGCCGAAGUUCAGCGUAGAGCCCAAGAAGUCAUCAACGCCUGCGUGGCGAUGGGACCAGAUAACCCCAUCAAGUUUAUCCAUGAUGUCGGUGCCGGUGGGCUGUCGAACGCUCUCCCUGAACUUAUCCACGAUGCUGGCCUUGGUGCCACAUUUGAGCUCAGAGAGAUUGAUAAUGCCGAUAAAGGUAUGAGUCCGAUGCAGAUCUGGUGCUGUGAGGCACAGGAGAGAUACGUUCUGGCCAUUGGAGAGGAAGGAAUGAACAAGUUCACAGCGAUUUGUCGACGAGAGCGCUGUGGGUUCUCUGUGGUUGGCCGCGCUUGGGGAUCGUCAGAGGAAGAGAGGAGGCUCAUUCUGCUUGACAGAGACUCGAAAGAGUACCCCAAGCCUAUCGAUCUUCCUCUGUCGGUUCUAUUUGGAAAGCCACCGAGAAUGACCAGGACGGUGGACUCGCGGAAACUGAAAUUGCCAGCCUUUGAUGCCAGUCUGUCAACAUACCUCCCUUCGGCCACUUCGAAUCAGGAACUCUUCAAUGAGGCUGCCAGAAGAGUCCUCUCUCUUCCCGCUGUCGGUUCCAAGUCGUUCCUGAUCACCAUCGGUGAUCGGACGGUCGGUGGGCUCACUGCUAGAGACCAGAUGGUUGGCCCGUGGCAAACUCCGGUGUCCGAUGUGUCCGUCACUGCCACCUCGUUGCUGCAAGGCGUGAAGACGGGUGAGGCUAUGGCAAUGGGCGAAAAGCCGACUCUAGCACUGAUCUCUCCAUCUGCGUCGGCGCGGAUGGCUGUUGCGGAAGCCCUUAUGAAUAUCGCUGCGGCAGAUUUGAUCGAUCGGCUGAGCCGAGUAAAGCUCUCAGCGAAUUGGAUGUCUGCCAGCAGCCACCCUGGUGAAGGUGCUGCCAUUUAUGAAGCCGUGGAGGCCAUUGGACUGGACUUCUGUCCAAAGCUUGGGGUCAGCAUUCCUGUCGGGAAAGAUUCCAUGUCGAUGAAGAUGAAAUGGACGGAUGAGUCCACCAAGGAAGCCAAAGAGGUCACAGCGCCACUGUCCCUCAUCAUCUCUGCCUUUGCCCCCGUGGGCGAUUUCCGGAAGACGUGGACGCCAACUCUGCGUCGUGUUGAGGAUGUUGGCGAGACUGUUCUCAUGUUUGUUGAUCUGGCUCGUGGUCGUAAAGCCCUGGGUGGCUCCGCCCUAGCUCAAGUCUUCAAGCAGGUUGGCGAUCAGUGCCCAGACGUCCGCGAUGUGGAGCUGUUCAAGGACUUCUUCGAUGCUACGCAGCAGCUGCAGGAAUUGGGCAUCGUUCUGGCUUAUCAUGAUCGGUCUGAUGGCGGUCUGUUUACCACUUUGGCGGAGAUGAUGUUCGCUGGACGAUGCGGUGUAGAGAUCAUGCUGGAUGAUAUUUGCCCAAGCUCAGACCCUCGCCAUGUCAUCGAGACUCUCUUCAACGAGGAGCUAGGAGCUGUAUUCCAGGUCCGCAAGAAGGAUGAGACCAAGUUCCGCUCUUGUUUCGCAACAUGCGGUCCGCCACCAGGCCUGAUCACCCGGAUCGGUCGAGUCUCGGAAAAGCAGAAGCAGAAUCUUACUAUCUACCAUAAACACACUUUGGUAUACCGCAACUCGCGGGCGAACCUCCAGCAGAUCUGGUCGCACACGUCGUAUCAUAUGCAGAAAAUCCGAGACAACGCUGCCUGCGCUGACCAGGAGUUUGCCAACAUUCUCGACGACAGGGAUCCUGGUCUGUCGUGGAGACUUACAUUCGACCCCAAGGACAAGGCGCUCCCGCUCCUGACGAGUCUUACGCAAUAUUCGCCCUUCAGCAACAAGCCGCGGGUUGCGAUUCUUCGCGAACAGGGUGUCAACAGCCAGGCGGAGAUGGCGUUCGCUUUCAACCUUGCCGGUUUCUCCGCCGUGGACGUGCACAUGACUGAUAUCAUCUCGGGUCGGGUGUCGCUGUCCUCGUUCGUCGGCUUGGCCGCAUGUGGAGGCUUCUCGUACGGAGACGUUCUGGGAGCCGGCCAGGGCUGGGCGAAAUCGGUCCUGCUGCACGAGAACACGCGCAACGAAUUCAAGACGUUCUUCGAGCGCCCGGAUACGUUUGCGCUGGGUGUGUGCAACGGCUGCCAGUUCCUGUCGCGUCUGAAGGAGCUUAUCCCAGGCGCGCAGGACUGGCCCAGCUUCGAGCGGAACGCAAGCGAGCAGUACGAAGGGCGAGUGUGCAUGGUGCACAUCUCAGACCCGGAUCCAUCCGCGCCGUCCGUCUUCCUGCACGGCAUGGAUGGCUCGUCGCUGCCGAUCGCCGUCGCGCACGGCGAGGGCCGCGCCUCGUUCGCGCUGACCCCGAACGUGACACCGCAGGAUUUCGUCAAACGCAACCUGGCCCCGAUCCGGUACGUCGACAACGCGACGCUCAAGCCGACCAUGACCUAUCCGUUCAACCCGAACGGCAGCCCCGAGGGCAUUGCCGGCAUCCGCUCGCCGGACGGCCGCGUUCUGGCGAUUAUGCCGCACCCGGAGCGGACCGUCCUGAAUGGCAUCGCGAGCUGGCUGCCUCCGGAGGCGGAGCAAUGGGGAGAUAUUGGGCCUUGGGGGAGAGUCUUUUACAGUGCAAGGAGAUGGGUUGGAUGA